UUCCGGUCACCAUCUUGAGUGACAGCAGAGGCGGAGCUUUGACUGAUAUGUUCAUUAAGGGCCGGGCUCCCACGGCACCUCCCCGAGAGCGACUGAACACUAACCCCGGCCGGCGGAGGCAGGCAGUCGCAGCCCCGCCCCCGGCUUUGGGCUCCACCUCCCGGCCCUACUUCCGCCGGGCGAGCCGCUGCAGGCGUCGCUGCCGUAAGUCAGGCCGGCGGCCUGCCGCAUCACGGAAGAUGGCGGCUGCGGCGGUGAACGGGGUGGCUGGCGUUUCGGGCUCGGGGCCUGCGGCGGCCUCGGGCGCGAUACUGCAGGCCGCGGCCGGCAUGUACGAGCAACUCAAGGGCGAGUGGAACCGUAAAAGCCCCAAUCUUAGCAAGUGCGGGGAAGAGCUCGGCCGUCUCAAGCUGGUUCUGUUGGAGCUCAACUUCCUGCCAACCACAGGGACCAAACUGACCAAACAGCAGCUCAUUCUGGCCCGUGACAUACUGGAGAUCGGGGCCCAGUGGAGUAUCCUACGCAAGGACAUCCCCUCCUUCGAGCGGUACAUGGCCCAGCUGAAAUGCUACUACUUCGAUUACAAGGAGCAGCUCCCGGAGUCAGCCUACAUGCACCAGCUCUUGGGCCUCAACCUCCUCUUCCUGCUGUCCCAGAACCGGGUGGCUGAGUUCCACACAGAGUUGGAGCGGCUGCCUGCCAAGGACAUCCAGACCAAUGUCUACAUCAAGCAUCCGGUGUCCCUCGAGCAAUACCUGAUGGAGGGCAGCUACAACAAAGUGUUCCUGGCCAAAGGCAACAUCCCGGCCGAGAGCUAUACCUUCUUCAUCGACAUCCUGCUUGACACUAUCAGGGAUGAGAUUGCUGGGUGCAUCGAGAAGGCCUAUGAAAAAAUCCUCUUCACUGAGGCCACCCGGAUCCUCUUCUUCAACACACCCAAAAAGAUGACAGACUAUGCCAAGAAGCGAGGGUGGGUCCUGGGCCUCAACAACUACUACAGCUUUGCCAGCCAGCAGCAGAAGCCGGAAGAUACCACCAUCCCCUCCACGGAGCUGGCCAAACAGGUCAUCGAGUAUGCCCGGCAGCUGGAGAUGAUCGUCUGAGCCCACCAGGCACCGGGGUGGAGCAGGGCUUGCAUUAUUUAAGGCAGUUGCAGUGCAGGGUUCCCCCCAAUAAAGGUGGAUUGACAUAUUCUCUCUUA